AUGGCGGGCAUUCUGCCGCCCGCCUUGUCCGCCUUUUCGCCUCCUCCCAUCUCUAGCUUUCCCACAGCAGUUCCCCGACCAUGGCAUGCUUAUACUGCCGCCGAAGGUCCGGUCCCAACCAACCCUCCUGUCGGAAAUGAUUCGAUCGACGCGAUCACAAGUCUUCUCGAGUCACAUACCGCGGCUCUGAAGGACUUGCAAGAUUCAUUGCGGUCGCCGAGGGCUGGCUCGGGCACCCUUCCUGUAAGCUUUGAUGCUGGUAACUCCGUCGAUUCGCAUAACAGCAUCCUCGCCGACGCCCUCGCCGACUCGAUUGUUUCGCAACCAAGCCCCAGUCGAUCGGUCACAAGACGACGGCGUUCGAAGCCCAAAUCACCUUACAUGCAAGAACAAACUUCGGAGCUUCCCCCUCUGACCAUUCCUCCGGGCCAUGAAGCCAGCAGCAGUAACCUUCUAAGCCUGCCGCAGGUGGAAACCUUGGCUGGAGAAUUCCCGGAUGAGUUCUUCUUUCGAGUCGAGGCGCAUCAUGCGAAGGUCAUGGAAACGUGUUCAUCUAAUACAGUGACCGCAGACUCGUCUGAUAUUCCGCAAGUAGGGCGCGAAGCUGCCGACAUGUUUCUCCAAGCUUUCUUUGAGCUAGUUCAUCCUUUUCAUCCCAUCUUCGACAGGAAGGCGUUUACUACACUCUAUGAGGAUGCCUUUGCCAAGGCUCUAUGCCGAAACGAGGAGUCUGGUGUUGUCUUCGUUGUUUUAGCCCUGGGAGCCGUGAUCAGUGAAGAUCCCGAUGGCAAACAUACCUUGGGCGGACGCACUAUUCCUGGCAUUCACUACUACAGGGCUGCGCAGCAGAUUCUGAUGUCGAGAUGGACGCAAUCCGUGGGGGGAAAUCUCCUUCUUUCGCAAGGACUGCUUUUAUGUGCUUUAUACCUCACAUAUGCGGUCCAGCCGCUGUUGGCGUGGAAGUUUGUGCACCUGGCUUCUACGAACGUGGAGCAACUUCUCAUUCGGACCAAAAACGCAGAACCAGACGAGCCUCGAGUACAGGAGAUCCUCCGCUUGAGCUGGUCUUCCUUCGUCAUUGAAUGCGACAUCCUUGCCGAGUUUCACCAGCCACGAAGCUGCAUUCAACUCCUCGCAGACAAGAUGCUUUUCCCCCAUUGCGGGGAUCCUCCUGACACGAGCCGCAUGCUCUUCUUAGCAGAGAUAUCUGCUCGCUCCUUGGGCAAUCGAAUCCAUUAUUCCAUUAAUUUUACCGACAGCAUGAGCGCCUAUACUGAUAGCGUGCUAGAUGACGUUCCUGAUGGAACAGGCAUCGCGAACUCGCUGGCACCAUUGAUAAAUGUUUGCAACGAGCUCACACGUCAAUUGGAGUCGUGGUACAGUUCAUUGCCCGCUGCCAUCAAACCCGAACUUGUGGUGGAAGAACCUGAUCCCGACAUCCAAUCUUGCUUGUUACGUUGCCGCUACUGGUCUUCGAUGAACAAGAUCCACAGGCCUUUCGUGCUGAAGGCCACGUCUCUGCCAACGGGGCAACAGGUCCCGCAGUAUUUCCUGGAAAAAUGCCAAACCUGCAUCAUGAGUUGCCGGAUGUUUCUAAAAUCAGUAGGAGGUCUGCUUGUGAGACGGACUCCGUACAUAUACACAGCGACACAAGGCGCUUUCGCGUCGGCCCUGAUGAUAUCCAUAUCCGCUCGUUCGCCAAUUCUCAAGCCGUUUGUCACGGACGUGGACGCGCUUCAGCACCUUGCCCUCGACAGACUACGGCCGUGGGCAGAAGACGGCUCUGCGGCCGAGAGUGCAUACGAAAUUCUGAGUUCGAUCCGUAAGAAGUUCAUCUACUGCGAGAGGAUGUGAGACACAAGUCAAAAAAGUAUGAAACUUUCAACGCCUUUUCGAGUUUCCAGGUCUGCAUCACCAGAGCCCUGGCUUCAGGACUCAGGAGCGGUGAACCCGUCGUGCGCUCUUGGAUCAGAGCUCCAUAGCACGACACCUUACAACUUGCCUUUCUGGCGACCCUUUUCCUUCAUCUUCCUCCGUUGCUCAGCAAAUCUCUUAUAAGGCGUGCCCUCAACCAUUCUCUCUGCCAAAGCGUCCAGCGAGGUCAUUAUCGACAGAAGCCUUGCAUCUCGUACAGAUGCAUUCAUCAACCGUUUCGAUUCCAUCAUGCUCAGGCCAUCAUUGACCUCUAAUUCUUUCCUCAGAUGGCCUUCCACAUCUUGAUGGAAAGAUGUGGUGGGGAAAAUCUGGUUGACCAGUCCACAAGCCUGAAGUUCCUGGGCCGUCAUUUGGUGCCCGAACAUCAGAAAGUCGUUGGCUUUGUGCACUCCCAUUGACUGUGCGAAGUUUACGGCAGACCCGAAUUCGGGGACGAGGCCAAGCUCGGAAAAUGGGGCAUGGAGCCAGCAAGUGUCCGACGCAAGGACAAUAUCCGCUAAACAGGAACGCCGUCAGCCAUCACGGACAUUUCAACACGUCAAACUCGCAAAUUUGAAUAACGCUCUGACACGGGUUCGGACUGAGGGCUUGGAGGAAAAAGCAGGAAAAUGCCACCAUCACUUACCGACUCCGACGAACCAACCCGCUGCACCACCCACCGCUGGACCAUUCAGGGCAAGGACCAGCACCUUUUUAUGAUCGACCAUACUUCGGAGCAACUCAAGAACGGGCGCAUAGUCGGCCAAGAUUGCCACCUUUUUGUGUGCCGCGCUGGGAAACUCGCCCAGGGGGACAACGUUGUUGACAUCCGCACCUGCAGAGAACUAGAUAUUCUGGAUCAGCGCCCCCGUGUCGUCCCCCUUUCUCUUCAGCCGCGAAUGGACUCACAAAUCGGCCUUCACCGGUUAUC